GCUGGUAUCAGGUCAGACAUCUGCAAAGCGACCGUUGAGCAGAAACAUCUCUUAACGAUUAUCCAUUCAACACCGCUGAAAUUUCCUCUACAAAGUAAUCGGCACCAAAUUCAACCGCAAUGGGUACUCUGCGUCUCAGGAGCAUCGUUCCCAACCAGGAGAUCAAAGCAUUCGUGAGCAAGUACUCUGGCGGGAAUGACGAGUGGUUUGAGCUCCUCGGAUACUUCGACGACAGCAAAUCUUCGUGGUCGCGCAGCGGCUGGGAGGUUGUCGUCUUCGCGAACCAGUCUGGGUCGCAGCGCAAGGGUGUUUACCUUGAAAUCGGUUCCAAGAAGAUCGACAUCACGUUCAAGGGGUUCGACCAUGAGCUCGAGAUUGUAUACCUCUGAUUACAUGAAGCGAGUAGUAUUCAAACCGUAGCUCGCGUAGCGUUGCAUUGUGUCGUGUAGAACGAGGGAUAUGAUUCCGAGUCAGCACUGGGCUGUCGAGAUGAUGA